CGCGCCGCCCCGCCGCCCGCCCGGCGACCGGCGAGGCAGCGCCCGGCGGCGGGCGGGAUAAUGCGGCUGCCCAGCCCGCAGGCACCGCCAGCGGGGUGCCCCCGCCGCCGCCGCCGCCAUGUCCCCCCCGGCCUCGGCGGCCGCCGCCAGCGAGGGAGGCAGCAGCACGCCGGUGCCUCCGGAGGAGGAGGCGGAGGGGGCCCGAGAGGAGCAGCGGCCGGUGAAACAGUCUCUCAGCAAGUCCCUGUGCCGAGAGUCCCACUGGAAAUGCCUGCUGCUAUCCCUCCUCAUGUAUGGCUGCAUGGGAGCCAUGACCUGGUGCCAUGUCACCAAGGUGACCCGACUGACCUUUGACAGCGCUUAUAAGGGCAAGUCCAUGAUGUACCACGACAGCCCCUGUUCCAACGGCUACGUCUACAUCCCCUUGGCCUUCCUGGUGAUGCUCUACGUGGUGUACCUGGUGGAGUGCUGGCACUGCUACACUCGCAACGAGCUGCAGUACAAAGUGGACGUGGAGAGCGUGCACGAGCGCGUGCAGCGGAUGCAGCAGGCGACCCCCUGCAUCUGGUGGAAGGCCAUCAGCUAUCACUAUGUCCGCCGGACCCGGCAGGUUACCCGCUACCGCAACGGGGACGCCUACACCACCACCCAAGUGUAUCACGAGCGGGUCAACACCCAUGUGGCAGAGGCCGAGUUUGAUUAUUCCAAUUGUGGAGUUAAGGACAUCUCCAAGGACCUCAUUGACUUGGAGAGCUACCCAGCCACGCGGCUCCGCUUCACCAAGUGUUUCAGCUUUGCCAACGUGGAGUCGGAGAACUCCUACCUGACCCAGCGGGCCCGCUUCUUCACGGAGAACGAGGGCCUAGAUGACUACAUGGAGGCCAGAGAGGGGAUGCACCUCAAAAACGUGGACUUCAAGGAAUACAUGGUGGCCUUUUCCGACCCGGACAACCUGCCUUGGUAUGUAUCCCACUAUGUCUUCUGGGUGGCGGCUCUGCUGACCCUAUCCUGGCCCCUGCGGGUGCUAAAUGAGUACCGCACCUCCUACGUCCAUUACCACGUGGAGAAACUCUUUGGGUUCGACUACGUGGCGGUGACACCGGCUGAGGAGCGCUCCUUCUGCCGGAGGAUGCCCCGCGUCAACACGGUGGACAGCACCGAGCUGGAGUGGCACAUCCGAUCCAACCAGCAGCUGGUGCCCAGCUACUCGGAAGCGGUCCUGAUGGACUUGGUGGGGCUUUCCGGCUGCACCAGCUACUCCGCUUGCCGGUACGGGGGCUACCGGCAGAACUGCGAGCGGUGCCACAGGACUAUAAGCAGCUCCUCCAUCUUCUCCCGCAGUGCCCUGAGCAUCUGCAAUGGCAGCCCCAGGAUCCCCUUCAGCAGCAGCCGCUUCUCCCUGGGCCGCCUGUAUGGCUCCCGACGCAGCUGCCUCUGGCAGAGCCGGAGCGGGAGCCUGAACGAGCAGAGCUGUCCCACCGAGCAGACCCGCCUCUCCAGCCAGGUGACUGUGGAGGAGGAAGACCCCCCUCCUUACCAGGAUGCCCUCUACUUCCCUGUCCUCAUCGUGCACCGCAAUGAAGGCUGCCUGAACCAUGACCACCGUCACCUCCACCGCAAUGGGUCCUGCGUGGAGACCUCACUGUGAAAGCAGAGGGCGGUGAGAUCUCGUUGUCCAUUGCCUGGCCCAAGCCAGCGCAGGAUUUGGGGAGAGGAGCACAGGGGAGGGAGAUGGCCCAGGAGGACAUCAGGAUAAGCGGACACGGCAUCUCACUCCGACAGCCAGCAAAAGCUCUCCCCGCCGUGGCUCUGACCUCCCGGAGGGGUGAGUGCUAAUGCUCCCCCUGACAUGGCACAGAACUCUAGACCAACCACCACAUGCAAAAAAAAAAAACAACAACCCAACCCAACCAACCCAACCCCAAAACCGUAAUUCAUGGCAUCAAGAUCCAAAGGGGGGAAUAAAAAGACAGGCCUGGUGCAGGGAGUGCGGUGCUUUGGCUCCCAGCCCUGGCUCCAGGCUUACUUGUGCUCCGAGGAACCAGCAGCCACCAGAAAGCGCCCUGCUGCACCUCUGCCCACCCUGCUGCCCACGCUGGAGCGAGACCUCUCGCAGGGUGGAGGGGAACGGGCCCCCUGGGAGCAGCGUGAAACUGCCUGUGCCUGAAGGUCUGGGGCACCCAGGCGCGUGGAGCCGAGCGGCAGGUUAGAGCAAAGGCUGAAAGCCACAAAUCCAGCUCUUCCCCUUCCCCAUGACCGUUCCCCACCCUCCCCACUGUUUUUUUUUAGACCAUGCUUCGACUGUUACUCUGUUCUCACUGCUGGGAAUGGCACCGCCUCCAGAGGAUCCCAGGCUCGGCUCCUUAGGAAGCCUUGGCACGCCAGCUCCAAGAGUCAGCAUUCCCUCGGUAAAGGGCUUUCGGUUUGGGAUUACAGCAGGCAGGCAGCACCGGGAAAGGGAUGAAUGUGCAAACCCAGACGGAGCGGGGAUCUGUGGCGCUACUGAUCCGCUUGCUGGAGGAGGGCUCAGCUGGAAGGAGAAAACGGGAGGCCCCCGGUGAGCUGGGGAAGGGGAAGAGGAUGGCACGGGGACAGGCAUCGUGGUAACAGGCAGCGCGUCAAGUGGCUGGGGUCCCUUCCUGGCUUUGAAGUGUGCCCUAAUCGGUUCAGACAAGCAUCAAGGAAGGCUCUGCUGCUCCACCAAGGGAAAUGUUAUGCCCAUGGACGCGAUCUCGUCAACUCCCUCAAAAGCAAGCUAACAAGCAAAUUGACCUCCACUGCACUGGGAGAAGAGCCUUCUCCCACAGGACCGUAGCCUUUCCGCACACGAGGGAAAAGAGGUCCCAAGGACAGAACUGAACCUGCAAGACCUGUGGCCUCAUGGCCUCCCCUUCUUCCUCCCCUCCUCACCUCGUCCGUCUGUCUGUCUUGGGGGAGGGACAGUUUCUUUGUGGAGUUCAGCAAGCUCUUCUUCCUGCAGCUCGUAACCAGGCUCUACUAACAGGUACAUCAUCCACCUAUGCAACACUUCCAGAAGCUGACGAGUUUUCAGGAGCCCGUUACAAUGUGCGGCGUGGCCAUCCAGCACUGAGAAUAAGCACAGCGGCUGCUGGAAAGCUAGGUGGGUUUUAUUCCUCCCCUCCUCCUGAGGAAGACUUUUUGUUGGGGCUUUUUGUUUGUUCAUUUGGUUUUUGUAAAAUUCAUUUGGGGAAAUGAAGCUUGUGAGAAAUUGGUGCCCAUCCUGAACCCUCCCUGGUCCUUUGAACUUCAGGAACGGAUGGAUCACCUACUGUGAUUAUAAUUUAGCGGACUUUGUAGAGCAAAGUAACUUCACACAAAGACACACAAGGUUCUUUCACUCUCCAUCAGCACAAGCUGCUUCUGCAAUCUUAGCUACUCACAUUAGUGAAAGAAAAAGCCUAGCUAGAAUGUGGUGAGAUGACUUAGUGUUUUGUAUCAGUCCCAUGGUCCCAAUGUCCAUUAGCAGUGCUGUCAGCUGCCGUGCCAUGAAUUAGGACUUUGGAUGGCAGCCCACAAAUCAGUCAGGGUGGAAAGGUUUGGAAAAACCCAAGGCCAAGUCUAUACGCCUCUCCAGGAGCAGAUGCAGAGAAAGGAUCAGCCGAGAGCAGACAUUGCCUCCUGCUCAGCCCAGCCAGAAGCUGGUGGGCUCGGUUUGUGCUGCCCCUGCCCCCCCAGGGAGAGCCUGUCCCCAGGGGCCGAGCCAAGGGGAAGGAAAGUAACGCAGCAUCUGACGAGGCAGCAUGCACAGUUGGGAAUAAAGAGGUGACAACUAGACACCAAAAUAAGAGCAAUUUCACUUUGGAAAUGCCAACAGCUUUUUCAAACUGAAACGAGACUAAAAGCCCUUUAACGGUUGUGAGGAGUGUUUCAGGUUGCUGUUCCUUGCUUAAAAAAAAUAUUUUUUGACGAUGAGGUGGAUUUAAACACUCCGCUUCAGUCAGCUCUCUUAGAAACGUGCAGUGCCGGUGGAAAAAAAAUGCUCAAGGAAGAUUGGGAUGGUGGCCCUGUGGCUUCGCAGUGGGGUGGGCUGGUCAGGAAUGGAGGCUGGAGCUUAAAGCCUUCCUCUGCCCCUGGAGGUGUGACCUGGCCGUCCACCCACCCAAGCACGUGUGCGUGGCAGGAUGUGCUUUGGUGUCCUGGGACCCAUGGUCCUGCAGAGGGUUGGUGUGUUUGUGGCUUUGGUCUGGCGUUGCCCGUCCGUCCUCACGGCAAGGGCUUUGCAGGGUGACAGAGCAUUGCUUGUUCCUCGUGAGAGGAAACUCCUGACCUGGUUUUUGAGAGGAGAUGGUGUGAAGUGUCACAUUUGCUGCAGCGAGUGGCGGGGAGCAGGGAUAAAAGCAGGGAGCAAGCUGUGUUUGAGAACAAGCUAAUCCCUUGCUUGACUGCCUGAGAUGGGAGAGCUGCUGGAUCUGCUCCCCGGCCAACGCUCUCCGCCUCUUCUCACCCUCCCCAAACCCCACGUGCAACCUGUCAAACUAUGGACAGGUGACGACCUCAGGCGUGCUGGUGGCCAGACCUUACCAAAACCCCCUGCUUUGCCAGCGCACGGCCUUCCAACAACGCUCCCUGCCCUGGCGUGCCUCGUGCUCGCUUGGUGGAGGGACGGCACAGCCUGCAGAGGAUUGCCACACAGCCUGGCCUCACUUUUGCAUCACUUCGUGUUUUCCCAGAGAAUUUCACGGCACUUCUCAGAGCCUUUGUGGACAGGAGAAGUUCCACAGACUGAAGUUAGAAAACAGAAGCCCCUGGCGUUUUGGUGGUCCUGAUCUCUAGAGCCCUGGUGCUGCACCCUGGGGAGGAGAGGCAGGUUGGCUGUUGUGGCAGUGAGGGACCAGGGGACAGUGUCGCGGCGAAAGCAGCGUGUCUGCUGGGGGAUGUCCGAACAUGGGCCCUGUGCUUCUCCACUGGGACUGAGGGCAGCUUUGCUGUGGGCUGAACAAGGCGCAGCUGAUGGAGGAGCUAGCUGAGGAGGGCAGAAUAGCGUGUAAAUGCGCAGCAAGACGCGUGGAGAGGAGGGGCUGUACGAGGAAAAGCUGGAAAAGGCUUUGCAGAUGUGGUGGUUUUUGCGGGAGGCAUGAGGCAAGACAGGGCAGGAGACUGCUGUGCUGGAACAGCGGUGCGAGGCAGGGAGGGUGGCGGGGGUGGGGGGAAAGAAGGAGUGGGGAAUUUGGCGGAGAAGCCCGGGAGCAAAGCGGUCUUUCAAAGCAUGCUCUGGCUGAGGAGACAGGCGGGAGGUAUUUCCAAGCUGAGGUGCCCAGGCCAAGCCUCGCUGCAUCAUCGGAGGCAGCGAUGUUGCCUCCGAGCCCAGCACUGACAGCUCGAGCACGUGUCACCAAAACCACAAUGGGUAAUGCAGCCACAAGGUGUAAAUGUCACUAAUGAAUAAAUUGCCUUGUGCCUUGGAGAGCCUAAUCCAUCACGGCCGGGGACGGGGAUCUGACAGGCUCGGCUAUUUCAGGCACAGCCUGUAGGGAGGAGGAACUGCUUCAUUUCUGAGCCGUCCCCUCCGCCUAGAGAAACCGAUGGAAGGCUUGGCUCUGCGCUGCUCCUCAGCUUCCCAGCUGCAUCAGUUCAGGCUUCAUCCCUCUUCACUGCAACCGAAGGAAGGAGCAGGAGAGAGUCUAGGUUGGCCAAAAGUGCCCUGUCAGCAGGGCGGUGUAUGGGCUUUGGCCGGGGCUGGCUGGCGAGGGGGUUUGGAGGGAGGCUGCUGCACAGAGGGCAUGGGUGGUAUAGGUGGGGCAACGCAGCGGGUCCCCAGCGAUCAGGAGAGCUUGUAUCAGUUGUCUGGGGUGCAGGGCCGCGGCCGGCACCAGGCAUGUUUCAGGCCAGGAGAGCUUGGCACCAUGUUUUACAAACUUGCCCUUUCCUCCCCAAUUCAGUUGCAUAGUUUGCCCCUAUAAGAGGCGACCUGGAAAGGCUCUGAGGCUACCCCAGCCCAAGCCCUCACCCUCUCCGGAGACACGGCUCUACUCGGCUGUGCCGGGGGCAGCGCACAAGCCCCUCCACAUUCCCCCCCUGCUGUUGAACCCCAGCUACCAGCACCUCGUCUGGCUCUGCAGAGGGCCAGCAGGUACCCGGCAGGCAGGGACAGGAGCUCAGCGUGGACAAAUACAGCCCCAUCGGCGUAAAGGGGGGCUGAACUCAGCAACCAUUUCCAUGCACAGCCUCUGCCCAUCCCUGCGGCAGCCUGCUCCUCCACCCCCAGUCUGUGCUCGAAAUCAACCUGUCGUCCUGUUUGCAACAUAUGCCAGCGUGACACCUUGCAAAUCGAUGCCUGCGUCGCUGUGAGCACAAGUGGCCAGGCUCGGGAAGUCGGCCACCAGCUCCCACCGCCGCUCAGAGCCGCAGAAACAGGGCUUGCCAUCUGCUGCGGGAGGGAGCCAGCCAGGUGCCCCGGCUCCGGCCCGAUGGUGUAGUCGAAGUGAAAGCCCUUGUGUCAUUCCCCCUCCUUUACUACCCGGCCAGCCCCUGUUUUCCUCCCCUACCGUCACGCUGGCACAGACCCAUGGGUGGGGGGAUGCUCCCAGCUUGGCUGGAGUCCCUCUGCUGCUGAGUGCCACCCAGUGCUGCUUGCGCUGCAUCAGCAGAUGGCGAAGGGAGGGGACACCAGCUCCCAAGCAAGGCGCCGGAGGUUGUUCCCUCCUCCAGAUGGAGGCCCACAGCUGAUCCCCCCACUCCUCAAAGCCCCACAGUACUCCUUGGGUAUGGAUCUCACGGGAGAGCGAAGGGGUCUGUACUGACCCUGUGCUGGCACGUGCCCUUCCCAGCACAGAGUGACCUGCUAGUGACUGCUCUGCAAGGCAGUCCCACACCUCCGUAACAAGAACUGAAGGUGACAUUAAUGACGGGAGCGUUCACACUCAGACAAUCUGCUGUUGCUGUCAGUGCUUUCAUUUUUACCAACUUGUGCGGCGAAUGGUUCGAACUCUUGUGAACUGGCAGAUAGUUGGUCUUGGGUGUGAGUGAGGGGUGCGGGCUGCUGGGUUUGGGCUUUGCUCUUUGGCCACGCAAGUGAUGGGAGGGAAGGCAAAAGGUUCUUCAGGCACCAGCUGCCGGCCCAGGCGUUCCUGCGUGUGGCAGCAGCCCACGAGCGUGUUUGGAGGGCACUCGGGAGGUGUUAACAGUCUUGGCCAUUUGCAGGAAGAGGAGCCGUGAGUAAGCCGGCAAGCAAGUCAGCAGUUGUUUUGGGGAUGAUGCGUUUUCCCCGGCCCUUUUCUUUCCACCCCUGUUCCUCGCUGGCUCUGGCGGCCAGUUCCUCCUCGUGUGUCCACUAGCACGUCUGAGGGAUCUCGUCGCUGCCCUCCCAGCACGAGCUUUCAUUGCACAACUGGCUGACCAGACCCAGCCCUGUACUUGGAGCUACAGGCAGGCUUGCCCAGGACCAGGCCACCCCCCAUUAAGCCCCCACCCCACCCUCGCUGCUGGAGCUGCUCCUUCAUCGGCCUGAUGCUGAUCUGGGUCUUUUCUGCUGUUUCUGAACACGAGUUCUCAUCUCAUUCAGGUGUGUCAUUCAGUGGAAAUAUUUUGUAAACGCAAAUAAGAAAGAAAUAAAUCUAUUCAAUACCUCGGUCUCGAGGAUGGGAAACAAGUCAUGGGAGGUGCCUGGGGGGGGAGGUUUCACAGCUGCUGCCACCGGUUGGGUUUUCUGGUGGAUGUAGCCCCUGGAGCAUCCAUGAAUAGUUGGGAAGGGAGCUGCGCAGACCUGCGAGGGCUUGGGGCUGAGCCCUGUCGGCACCCCUCGUGCGGCCACCGCUGCUGGGGACAGCCUCGCACUCCGUCCUUUCUGAUCUAUAAGGGGGUGACACUGCGCAGGUAAAGGUCCUGUGGGCCGGCGGCACCGCAGGCGUCUGUAUCCAUCAGGCAGAGCAAGGCAGAAGCGGGUACGUGGCAAACAAAUUCUUUUGUGAGCACUGGGAAACAAGUUUUUACUCUUCAACUCUGUCAAUAUGAUCUAGCUCUGUCUGUCUCUCUCUCUAUAUAUGUACAAACAGUAUAUCACAAUGUUGCCUUUUUUGUUGGAAAUAUCAAAGUACAAAGAUUGUAAACCAAAUCGGUGUAAUAAAAGUUUCAGAUGAUUCACUGA